CACUAGAGAGGAUAAGUGUCUUGUUCUGGCUGCUUGGGAAGUUCAUGGGGCUUUAAAUUUCUCACCGGGACACAGAUCCACCCAGUGGGUGUUAGUGAGGUGCAUGGUUCUCAUUGCUAUUGAAGACAAAUUUUGUCUUAGCCCUGAGCUUGCCCUGCCUUAGGAAAAAUGACAGCCAUGCAGCAGGUGCUGGAUAACCUCAAAGAGCUGCCGCCUUCAACGGGAGCCAAAGACAUCGACCUCAUCUUCCUCCGUGGCAUUAUGGAGAGUCCUAUAGUUCGUUCCCUCGCUAAGGCUCACGAGCGAUUGGAGGACGUUAAGCUGGAGGCGGUGCGAAAUAAUAACGUGGAGCUAGUGGGCGAGAUCCUGUCUGAUAUGAACAGUCUGAUCAGCCGUGAUGAAAGUGCAGCAGAACUCAGUAAGAUCCUGAAGGAACCGCAUUUCCAGUCCCUGUUAGAAGCUCACGACAAGGUGGCUUCUAAGUCAUAUGAAGCUCCUCCCACCAGCACCAAUUCCACCAGCAUGACCAGCUCAUCCCUCAUGCCUGCUGACACUGUUCGCAUGAUCAGCAUCCAGAAGAAGGCCGGAGAGCCUCUUGGUGUAACAUUCCGGGUGGAGGAGGGCGACCUUGUCAUUGCACGUGUUAUGCACGGCAGCAUGAUUGACAGGCAGGGGAUGCUGCACGCUGGUGAUGUCAUCCGAGAGGUGAACGGCCGAGAGGUGGGCAAAGACCCCAUGGCGUUACAGCACAUGCUGAGGGACUGCAAUGGAGGCAUCACCCUCAAGAUCCUACCCAGCUACAGGGACACACCUCCACCCGCACAGGUGUAUUUGAAGCCACAUUUCAACUACAAUCCUGACACGGAUAACCUGAUCCCUUGUAAAGAGGCGGGUUUGGCUUUCUCUAAAGGAGACAUUCUUCAUAUAGUGAACAAGGAGGACCCCAACUGGUGGCAAGCAUGUAACAUAAAUGGAGGGUGCACUGGCCUGAUCCCCAGUCAGUUUCUUGAGGAAAAGAGGAAGGCGUUUGUAAGGAGAGACCUGGAUGGAUCAGGAAUUCUCUGCGGGACAUUAACUGGAAAAAAGAAGAAAAAGAAAAUGAUGUACUUAACGGCAAAAAAUGCAGAAUUUGAUCGGCAUGAAUUACAGAUCUAUGAAGAGGUAGCAAAGAUGCCUCCAUUCCAGAGAAAAACACUUGUGCUGAUUGGUGCACAAGGUGUGGGCCGCCGAAGCCUCAAGAACCGUCUGAUUGUGGUAAACCCACUGAGAUAUGGAACUACUGUACCUUUCACUUCUCGGCAUCCACGUGACGACGAAAAGGACGUCCAGUCGUACUGCUUUGUUUCCAGAGAGGAGAUGGAAAUGGACAUCAAGGCAAGUCGAUACCUGGAGCACGGAGAAUACGACGGCAAUCUGUACGGAACCAAAAUUGACUCCAUCCAUGAAGUCGUACGCACAGGGCGUACUUGCAUACUGGACGUCAACCCACAGGCUCUAAAAGUACUGAAGACAUCAGAGUUUAUGCCAUUUGUGGUAUUCAUCGCGGCCCCGGAGCUCGAUACACUACGGGCCAUGCACAAAGCUGUGGUGGAUGCUGGGAUCACAACCAAGCAACUGACGGAAACGGACCUAAAGAAAACGGUGGACGAAAGCAGCAGGAUCAAGCGGGCGUACAAUCACUACUUUGAUCUGACUAUAGUUAAUGACAAUCUGGACAAGGCCUUUGAGAAACUGCAGGCAGCUGUGGAGCAGCUAACCACACAACCGCAAUGGGUCCCUUUGAACUGGGUUUACUGAGACAUACAGAUCAUUAUCAUCAUCGGCGACGGCUCCACUGAUAGGUCAGCGGCACAGAACACAAGUUCACACUGAACGGACCCACCAGUCACUAUGCAAAUGUACACUAGCUAUCCAGUCACAACAGACAGAAGGGAAGUGUACUUAUUUAUUAACGUUUUUUUUAUGUUCUACUGACUAAACAUAUUUUAAAGAAUGUUACUUUGAGGGACAGAAACAAAUAGGAUUUUUUUGGAAUGACUUGUCAUUGAAAUGGUAAUUAAUUUUUCAUUCUAGUAUAAGGUGCAUUACAGUAUUGAAAGCAGGAGGUCUGUUUUCUUGCUGUAAUUUUAGAGUGUCUAACAUUGGUUUACAGUGCAGUAUUCAUCUUGCAUCUCUUCAUCUUUCUGAAACGUAUGUCAUAUAGUUCAUUCACUACAGUAUGUCAAAAUUUUUUAUAGUUUAUCCAGCUUCUGACUUGGUAAGAUCUUUAUUAGCGUCAUACUGUAGCCUUGAGUUUUUUUAGUUAAAUGCAAGAAACGCUAGGAGUAAGGCAGUUUUAACUUUUAAAAAUGUCAUGGGUGCACUUUAUUUUACAGUCCUGUUCAACAUGUACUUACUAUAAUUACUAGGUACUAAUCCUGAACCUAUCCCUAAAGCGCAAAGUACCUUUAGUUUUGACACGAAAGCUUGUUUUGUGUCUACAGCCGAAUACAUCUAGUGUCAGCGCUACUUCUCUUCCGAAGUUAUGACCGAUUCAUAUUCUUUGUACUCUUUAAACUAGAGUUGAAUGUAUUGUUGCUGCCAUCGCCAGUAGUUUGUUUCACACUUGCGGUUUUGGCCACUUGAGAGUGCGUGCAUGCAUGCAACAGGAACUAAGAGCACACUCUAAAUUGGCUUUGAGGUUAAGAAUCGUUCAUGUUCAGGAAAUUGCGUGCCCUGAUUUCGUGGAAUGUCUAGAAAACCUUUCCAGUGCAAGUUAAAUUAGAUGUUGCAUAUAGACCAUUUCACAAGAUGUAAACAACACUGGUCCAGAAACACUUCCUGUUUCAGUUUGUUACUGUUCUCU